AUGUUUGAUCAAUUAAAAUUGAGAUUGAGCUCUAGUGGUACUAUUUGUGGAGCUAAUCCUGCAAUUGGGAAUGAAGCUAAGCCGACAAUCAAGCAAAUUUAUGAGAGUAGGCAAAACUUUGGAGUGAAUUUUGGUUCCCUAUUUGUCUUGGAGAAGUAUAUAUAUGGCGAUAUGUUUAUUGAAAAUACCGAUGUUGAACUUGAUGCCAUUAGGAAAUGUGUGAAGUCAAAAGGAUUGGAAUGGACUCGUCAGAAGCUAGAAAAUCAUUGGAAUCGAUAUUGUACGGAUGAAGAUUGGGAAUGGCUUAAAAACAAAGGGGUUCAGUCAAUUAGGAUCCCUAUUGGUUAUUGGAUGGUUGAUGGUGGAAGAUUUGCUCAAGGAACAUCUUUUGAUUCGGUGAAAAGUGUGUACAAGAAUGCAUGGACUAUUUUUAUUGAGAAAUACAUAAAAAAGGCAGCACAGUACCAUAUAUCCAUCUUAGUUGAUUUGCAUGCAUUAGAAAAUGGUGCCAACACAGGACAGCAUAGUGGUGAGACCUUUUCAGAACCUGGCUUUUGGAAGGAUGUCAAAAGUAUUGAUCACACAUGUCAAUUACUUCAGUUCUUAUCUUCAUCAAUUGACAAAUACGACAACAUCAGUGCAUUGCAAAUAGUCAAUGAGGCCCCAUUUGAUAACGAAGCAAAAUACCAAAAGAAGUAUUAUACAAGAGCUAUCAAUUGUAUACGCCAAUCUAAUAAAAGCAUUCCGAUCGUCAUUAGCGAUGGGUGGUGGCCACAACAGUUUGCAGAUUGGGCUUUAGAAAAGGGAGGUGCAAAACUUGGCCUCAUUAUUGAUGAUCAUGUUUAUCGAUGCUUCUCGGAAGAUGAUAAGAACAAAUCUGCUGAUCAAAUAAUUUCUGAUCUUGAAAAUACAGUAAUCAGCGGUGAUGCUCCGCAGAAAGCGGAUUUUAUUGUUGGUGAAUAUUCAUGUGUUCUUGAUGGAAAGACGUGGGAAAAGACUCAAGGGAACAGAUCUGAAAAAGUAAGAGAAUUUGGUAAUAAAGAAGUAGAAUUAUUCCAGAAGAGAGCUUGUGCUGGUUAUUAUUUUUGGUGUUAUAAAUUUCAGUAUGGCGAUGGCGGUGAAUGGGGAUUUAGGCCAAUGAUAGAUUCCGGAUCUAUUCCUACUAGGAACACCGAGCCAAAACAGCCUUCGGAUUCUGAAUUCAAAAGAUAUCUCCAUGAUUUUUUAAAAGGACACGAGGAUUAUUGGAAUUCGCAAAAUCCAAAUGAGCAAUAUGAACACUGGAGGUAUCAGGAUGGCUUCACGACAGCAUGGAAUGAUUCUCUCGAAUUUUCAAAAUUUGAUAAUUCUAGAAUUGGUAGGGUUAACAGUUGGAAAGCUGCAAGAAGAGCACAGUAUGUCCAUAAUAAAGGAGAAAGUCGAUUUCUUUGGGAAUGGGAGCAAGGCUUUGAUAAGGCUUUGGAAGUAUUUCAAAACUUAUAG